AUGAAUUCAAAAUCCAAACUUUGGACAAACCCAACUUCAACAUCAACCAGCUGUAGCAGUAGCAGCAGCAGCAUCAGCAGCGAGAACGAUGACAGCCCCUUUUGUUCCCAACGCAUACCCAUCGUUGUUUCUGCCUUCUUCAAUUCUCACCGAUCACUCGCUGUUCUCUCCGGACACGUGGGUUCCGUUUCGUGCUUGGCCCUGUGCGGUGAGUUCAUCCUGAGUGCCUCUCAGGGUAAGGAUAUCAUAGUCUGGCAGCAACCGGACUUGAGGGUCUUUGCAAAGUUCGGACAAGGAGAGGGAUCGGUGAAAGCACUUGCAACGGUUGGCAACAAGGUUUUCACCGCACAUCAAGAUAGCAGGAUCAGAGUUUGGAAGGUGUCAAGAAGCUCGGAGAACGUGUUCAAGCUUGUCGAUUCUCUUCCCACGACCAAGGACUAUCUGGGAAAGUUCAUGAAGCAGAGCAACUAUGUCCAAACCCGGAGGCACCACAAACGUUUGUGGAUUGAGCAUGCAGAUAGCAUUUCUUGCUUGACGGUUUAUAACGGGUUGAUUUAUUCUGGUUCGUGGGAUAAGACUCUGAAGGUGUGGAAGCUCUCGGAUUUGAAGUGUUUGGAGUCGAUUAAGGCUCAUGAUGAUGCAAUCAAUGGGCUGGUGGCGUGUAAAGGGGUGGUGUAUUCUGCUUCUGCUGAUGGAAAGAUUAAAGCUUGGGGGAGAAAAGAGGGGAAGGGGGAGCAUUGCUUGAAGGGGGUUUUGGAGGGUCAUAAGGAUGUUUCGUUCAAUGCUAUUGUUGUUUCUGAGGAUGGGAAAUGGGUUUAUGGAGGAGGAUCCGAUGGGUUUGUGAUGGGGUGGGAGGGGAGUGGAGGUUCUGAGAGUUGGAAGCUGGUUUCUGAAACCAAGGCACAUGAGAUGGCUGUGUUGUGCAUGUGUCUGAUGGGGGAGUUUUUGUGCAGUGGAUCAGCAGAUAAAAGCAUAGGGAUUUGGAGAAGAGAGGCUUUUGGCAAGCUUUGUAAAGUUGGUGUCAUAAAUGGCCAUGAAGGGCCUGUGAAGUGUUUGCAAGCUUCAUCAUCUAGUAGGAUUGGUGGUGGUUUUUUAUUGUACAGCGGAAGCCUUGACAAAAGUGUGAGAGUUUGGUGGGUUCCAAGGUAUAAUGAUGCAGAGGUAGAGGACAAUAGGUCUACACAAUUUGGCACAGAGAAUAAGUUCGUGCUAGCAUAAAGCAACAUGAGUGAUGAAGCACACGAUCUAUUUUAACAGUGUCAGAAGUGCUUCCUUCUUGAUUCAUUUUCUCCUUUGAAUUUGAUUUAGGUUGCAGAUAGACUGAAAUGAAAGAGUUACUUUAGACUAAAGCAGCUAAGAGAAGGGGAACACUGAAGAUUUUGUUUGGUUCUUGGAGUUGCUGUUUUGCUUUUCGGUUUGCCAUUGGUGUCAAUUUCAUAUAUUUUUUCUGAGCUGAUUGUAGAACAUUAGGGUGGUUUAGUUUUUAUUGUUUUGUUGGUGAAGAAAUGAGGGGGACAUAGCAGAGUGGUGUGGUUAUAGUUUUCUUUCUUUUCUUAAAUUUUACCUUUAUAUUUGUAUACAAUUGUAACUAUGCCUACAAAGGAUUCAAUCAAUGGAAAUAAAUUAUGUUCUUUUGUUAGUA